AUGGUGAUAAAACAUCCAGGUCCAAAAGAAAACAUAAUCCUGACAACAAACAACCAAGAAACAUAUCAGUGUACACUGCCAGAAGUUAUUGAUGAGAAAACAAGACUAAAAAAUGAAGAACAAUUUUCAUCAGCCAGCCUUGAAUUAGAAUAUCUCAGGCCUUUGUUAGAUGAUGACAUUUGUACCUAUAGACCAUUGAAAGUGCAAGAAUAUUACCUUGGCAAAUACAGCAGAGAGAAAUAUAAAAAAGAUUUAGAGAAAGCAAGGAAAGAUAGAGAUGAAGGAAAAAGCAUUGCUCACCCAAAGAAAAAAAAGGUAUUGGGAGUUGAAUAUCCAUACUAUGAGGUCGUGUACGAAGAUGGCAGCGUUUGUGACCUCACAGGUCAGCCGAGAAGGUCACACAUACAAUUUAUUUGUUACUCUGGCGGUAGUAAUGAGAUUUACGAAUUGAAAGAAACGUCUUCCUGUGAGUACGAGAUCGUCGUACUUACUAAACAUCUCUGCCAACAUCCUUCUUAUGGACCUAGGAAGAGUGAGGUACAUACAAUAGAUUGCCAUUUGGUCGGGAACUCCCCCAUGUUACCAUCAAAUCUAAGGGAGCUGCAAUUUAGUAAUGCAUUCGCUAAACACAACAAAGAGGCUAAGCACCAGCAAAUACUAAACACAAUCCUAGACGUGCAAACACUAAUCGACGAAGAUGACGACGACGACGACGACGAUGUUGGUAGUGGCGAUAAAACUAAACAGCCACAACAACUGAAAACAGACACAGGAGCAGCUGAAGCUACGACAACCUCAACACCAAAAGAGAAGCAUGUAGACAUGGACUCUGUGUUCAGCAUUCCUCCAUCCAGCAAACACAUACUGAGGGAAUUUUUGAGUGGAGAUUAUUGCAUCGAAGGAGGAACUGGUUGGUGGAAGCAUGAGUUCUGCUUUGGAAAGUUCAUCAGGCAGUAUCAUGACGAACAUGACUUCAGAAGGGAAAUAAAAUUAGGAGUCUGGAAUGAAGAGAAACAUUUACAAUGGGUCAAUUCUAAUUCUUACAAAAAACCAAAGCCAUAUAGCGAAAGAAAGUCCCUGUAUAAUUUAUAUGGAGACGGUGAUUAUUGCGAGGAGGUGAAGAAGAAUAGAAUGGUUGAAGUAGAAUCAUCAUUAUUCUGUGAUAUGAUAAGAUCAGCUGAUGAUAACGGCCUAAUUGAUUACAAGAUAUAA